AUGCCGGCGGCCAAGAACCACGAACAUUUUGCAGAUUUUGUGCACUCUGCAGCGCACACUGCAGCGCACACAGAGAAUCGAAAUUCAGAAGUCCCUCAGGACCCGCAGCAGCUGCCGAAGUUCAAUGAGCAGAAGGCGAACUUCAUGGCGCACCACCAAAUUCAGGCGCGCGAGAAAAGGGGGAGCAACCAAGGGCAGAGCACCCAAAGGGCAGCAGCCAAAGGGAGAGGCAAAGGGAGAGCGGGGAGCGGGGUAGCUUUCAUGUUCAACGGGAUGGGAGAGGGCCACUUGAACUGGCAAUAG